CCUGCUGUUUCUUAAGCUAAAUCACGAGCUUGCGGUCGACGCUGUAAUACAACUACCCCCUUGGUGAUACUGCUUUUUUUCUGAUAGAAAGGUUAUUGUUUAAGGCCGUUCUCGGACUAUUGAGUCGGCAGUCUUCGGUCGUCGGCGCUGUUGAUUCACCAUCUGUCGCAGCUCGCGUUGGAUGAAACAACGUACUGUUAGUGGAUCGGUUUGGAUUGGUUCGGGUUUGCUGCGGUCGCGAGUAAUAUGAUACGCUCGAUAUGACUUCACGGGCUCUAUGCGGUGGCGCGCGCGCCUCUCGCAAGUGUCCGAUUUUGAGUUCGACGAGCUUACUUUGCGCAGAUCUGGCUGCGAUGCCUGGGAGACUUGGGGCCGCUCCUGCUAUGUUGAGGUCUGCGCAUAUCAUGCGUAGCUCUUCGUUGAGACCCGAUGAGUCCACGCGUCUAAGUUUCGCAUUGACUAAGGCUAGCAAUGCUAGAGUUAACCUCUGGCAUGGGUCCGGGUGUAGGAGGUCUUUUUCGCGGACUAGCAUGGUUCUCGAGGAGCAAGACAAAGCUAAGGGGAAGGGCCAAGUUCCCCCUGAACCAUCUUCAAAACCAACUAUCGAGGAACCUAGAGGAAUCCGGAAGGUCAUUCCCAAAGUAAUACCCGCGCUGACGCAGCACGAGAACAUCUAUACGGUUCCCAACCUGCUGACGUUUUCGCGUCUUAUCGCCGCACCAUUCAUCGGCUACGCCAUUGUGCACGACGCGCAUGCUUUGGCCCUAGGCCUUUUUGCUUACGCGGGCUUCUCGGACCUCUUGGACGGCUGGAUCGCUCGCAGAUGGAAAUUGCAGACCGUUGUUGGGAGUGUGGUCGAUCCCAUGGCGGACAAGAUGCUUAUGACAGUGUUGACUGUGUGUCUUGCUUACAAGGGGGCGCUGCCUGCAUGGCUAGCCGUAAUAAUCCUAGGGCGUGACGUCGGCCUGGGCAUUGCCGCCAUUUACUACCGGUGGAUAUCUCUCCCGCCGCCGAAGACCUUCACGCGCUACUGGGAUUUCUCCCUACCGUCGGCGGAGGUUCGCCCCACUACUAUUAGCAAGUAUAAUACGUUCUUGCAGCUGGGGCUGAUGGGAGCUACGAUGGUUACGCCUGUUUUAACCGCAGAUGUUGGAAUGGCCAUGACGGCGUUUCAGUAUUUGGUUGCCACCACGACUGUUUGGAGUGGUCUGAGCUAUGUGUUCAGCAAAGAUGCGGUCAGGAUCUUGUCUGAGAAUAAAGGCAAGUCCAAAGGUCAGUAGCUUAUUAAGCACAACAACCGUUUAUGUGGUAUUUUGAUCAUAUCGAAGCUUCAAGCAAGUUUCCGCUACCUAAAGAAGAAGCCUAACCCCACUUGUGGUUCAUAACGUGUACAUUAUGACGAGUUAUAUCAGGUGGAUGAGAAAAUGUAUCGGUAUGCAAUUUUGGAUCGGCAUGGAGCGUGUUAGUAUAUGCAUGGCAUGGCAUGGCAAAGAAAAUAAAGUAUUUCAUUAUUUCCCAUCUAAUUUCACCCUUUUUAAUAUUUUAACUUGCUAGUAAAGAGCUAUGGGGGAGCACGUGACAGGACUAAAAGAAUCUACACUUUCAGGCCCUGGCCAAAAUAAAUGAGCCAC